AUGUCAACGACGACGACAACAACACACCAUCCGAAUUAUACGGAAAUUGAUUUCCUACCACCAACUCUAUCAACAUUAGCUGAGAGUUUUUGUGAAAAUCAAACACAAUCACCUCUAGAUAAACUUGAUGAUCGAAUUAAUGUUGUUGUUCCAUAUUUAGUUAUACUAGGUAUCAUAGGUAAUGGUUUAUCCGUUCUUACAUUUUCACAACGUAAAUUACGUACACUUUCCUGUGGUUGUUAUUUAUUAUUACUUGCUAUAAGCGAUACAAUCGGUUUAUUGAUUAUGUCUCGACCCUAUUUUUUCAAACAAUUUAAUUUAGUACAUCAUCUUAAUUCAAGUUUUCUCUGUGGUUUACAUUUGUUUUUAACAAAAAUAUUUGAUGAAUUAACGCCAUGGUUGUUAGUUCUAGUUGCAUGCAAUCGACUUGUUCUAUCACGCUAUCCACGUAAUGAUCAAUCCUUUCAAACAGCACGUGCUGCAUUAUGGAGUGCAUUAUGUCUUUUAAGUAUAAUUAUACUUAUUAAUUCUCAUUUACUAUUUGGUAUUGGUGUGGGUUUUUCACCAUUACAACCAUGUAUAUCAGUUUGUGGUCCAUUAACAAAAUCUCCAUAUUAUUUAUUUUUUUAUAAAAAUGUUAGUCCAAUAAUAGAUCUAUGCUUGAGUUUAAUUAUACCAUUUUGCCUUAUAUUUAUUGCUAAUAUAUUCCUAUUGGCUAAUGUCAGUAAUGUUAAGAAAAAAGUUAUACGUGUACGUCGUCGUAAACGAGCUAGUCGAAAUGCUCGUUUAAGUAUUGUAUUACUUGCUGAUUUAAUUACAUUUCUUAUUGUCAGUUUACCAGUUCUAUCAGUUGAUUGUAUAUAUCGUUUUACACGUACUAUUGAUCAUAAUGAAAAAUUAGAUGAAUAUAUAUCAAUAGCAUGGACAAUAGUUAAUAAAAUAUUCUAUUUAAAUUAUUCAUUGUCAUUCUAUUUUUAUGUUCUUUCGUCAUCAUAUUUCCGUCAUCAUUUUCUUCUUGCAAUACGUUGUAAAAAAUUACAUAGUAUUUUAUUUAAUCCAGCAACAAAAACUCGUCCAUCAACAAAUUUUAUUAUGAAAUAUCAUAAAAAUCAUUCACCACCUACGCCACCAAAAAUCGUUGUAAAACAAUAUGACUGUGAAGUUAUGUGUUCUGAACAACCACAAAAUAUCAAUAAUUGUCACAGUGAACUUAUACCAUUACAUCAAAGUCACACGACAUUAACUACAUUAAGUGGAGAUGCGAUGCAUGUUGAAAUAAAAUUAAAAUAA